CCCUCCUCACAACGUAGUUAAAGCUCCCAUCGUGGCACGCCACUCAGUAUGGUGCUGCACACUGGGAUUCAGCUACUGUAGGCAAAUACAGCUGAGGGAGAACAGAGAGGCCUCUGUCUGUGUGUGUGUGUGUGUGUGCGUGUAUGUGUGUGUGUCAGAGUGCUGAACAGCAUCAUGGACACAGAAUAUUCUAAAAGAGUGUACCAAGGCGUUCGAGUCAAGCACACAGUCAAAGACCUGCUGGCGGAGAAGCGAUCCCGACAGACAAAUGGGCCCAGAUACAGCGGGGGAUCGACCACUCCGCCCUCAUUCGUCCAGAUGCCAGGGUCUCACAUGCUGCCCAGCUACUACGGCAUGAGGCGUCCUUUCAUCUCAGACUCAGACUUCUGCCCGUCCACCAAGCAGUUCUCCCCUGACGUCUAUUCGCCCACACUGAGUGGUAAACCUCUGGGCUGCGAGCCCUCCACCAUGACCGGCUACUCCCCUUUCAUUGACAGCUACUACCCAGAGACCUUCGGUGACUACCGUAGCGCCGCCGCCUUCUCCAGCUCAGGAGGAUCCUUCCUGCCAUCGUCUGCCCUCUCAUCCCUGCUGCCCCCCUUUGGUGGAGAGUCCUCGCAUUUAUUCCUGAGAGACUCGUGGGAGCAGUCGGUCCCAGAGCCAGUAUCCCAGGUGGAUCCUCUGUGUCCAGACAGCCUGGCUUCAGUCAGCGUCCCACCCUCCAUGCCCAGCCCUGAGCCUCCAGGGAGCCCCUCCCAGUACCGCACCCCCAGCCGAGGCUCCUCCAUGGGCCCCAGCUCCAGCAGCCAGCCCUACACCCUGCACCCCCUGGAGGACGCCCACUACCACCCGUUAACCACCAGCAGCUCCUACCCGGUCUCCUCCACCUCCUUCCCCUGCCCACCAUACAUGAGCACUCCCAUCAGCGACCUGGUGUGCAAGAUGGUGACAGAGGAGGCCGAUGAGAGUCACGUCGGCCUCCCUGCCAACGGCGAGGCCCCAUCGUCCUGGGCCAAAGAGGACGGAGUGAGCUCCUGGUCGCCCUACGAGAUCAGGAGGGCCUACUGACUGGAUGAUGGGUCAGAGGGUCACAGUUUAGAAGAAGGAGGUUUCACAGACAAUUAAACGAUGAACUCAACAAGCACUUGGCAGUCCAGAGAAAAAUCAGUCAGCUGUGGAGUGUUUUGGUGACAGGACGAUAUCCAUUUAUUUACAGAGAGAGCAUUCACGUUGGUAGAUGUGUUGGUAGGAGCCGGUUGAAGGCGUUGAAGAGCCUACUAUUUCGUAAACAAGAAAAGGUGUGACUUUUUUUAAAUUUGUUUGAAACAGAACGGACUAACAAAACACACCAUGUGCCUUAAAACUGAAAAACAAACCAACAAAAAUCUAGUUUAGUUGAUUAAAGAAGGUCGACUUUCAUGUUAUUAAAAACUGUUUGAGCAUCUUACAAAGAACCAUAAACUUCCAGCUUACUCCAUUGCCAGUGGGUGCAGGCUAAGAGUGUCUAGUUGGAGUUAAAGUCUGAUUUAAAUUAUAUACUGUACAUAUGUUCACAUAUCU